CGGACAAUAAACGGCACGUGAAACUCGUACAACUUUUAGAGGAGCGUUAGGUGGGGGGCUAUAUAUGGAGCAUCAAAAUCAGCAAAACACUGUCAUUGAUGACAGUGAGUUGAUGAAGGAUGUGUGUGAACUAUUGAUGGGAGAGAGCAUGACACUGGAGACCACAGACCAGACAGAAUCAGCAGCAGUGGACUGGUUCAGGAACUGGGCUAUCACCAUCCAACAUCAGAAUGAUCAGAGUAGUUUACUACAGCCGUACCUGGUGACUGUUCUAAGAAACUAUCUUCUGACACAUGCAUGGACGGACAGUCUAACUGUGCUCCGUCUCCUCGGCGAUGACCCCAAUCACUCUGCCGUUUCUCUGUGGAAGGUAGGAAUGGAGAUCAUGUAUUCCAAUCCAGAGAAGAACAAAGGCCUUAUAGAACAUUAUGUUAGAAAAUUGAAAGAAAUGAGUGAUUUAGAUUUCAAAGAAGUAAUUCUGGAGUUUGUGAUGUAUCUACUACACAUGGGAGAACUGGAUGAGGCCCGACAAGCCUUGCUGGACACGACUAAGAUCAGAGGGGUGAAGAAGUUACACAGAAGGAAUAGUCCGUACCAGGACCUGGUGUUUCAGGCCUACCAGGGACUUCUGUAUUAUACGCGAUGGAACCUGGACAAACAGCGUCUAGCCUCCAUCGCCACACAGAUGGACGGGGAUGAAUUCCGACAAGGCCUGUAUUAUUCCGACACUGAGACGGACACCUUGCAGAAUAGCGCAGAGCGAGCUCUCUCCUGUUUCUCGCACCUCUACAAUUACCUGGGAGUGUGGGACAUUUUCAUCACGAAACACGUAGAGAUUCUGGAGCAUCAUUACCGACUGGAGGAGGCAAAAACAAUACUGGAAAAGUACAGGGAUAAAAACAGAGACAAUCCAAACACUCACAAAUAUCUCUACACAUUCUGUGAAAAACACAAACUUUUAAACAGAGAGGACCUCACACAACUUCUCAAGGCAGUAUCAGAUUCUGUCCCCUCAGAUAGACUGGUGAUGGACCUGUGUGACAGAUUUAUUGAAGACAGAAACAUCAAUGAUCUGCUCUUUUACAUAUUUGAGUUGAAGGAUUACAGAUGUUGGCAGAAUGACACGAGGUCCUGGAGAAUUUUGUCUACGGCUCUACAGCUGGCAAUGGCCAAUGGUGAUCAAGACAUGAUCAAGCUGCACUGGAACCCGAGGGCAUCAUGGUGGCCCUCAUAUCACUUCACCUACACUGCAGAGAGUGCUGCUGAAAACCAAAGGGGCGUGGCUGAAAGGGAUGUGGGUCCAGAUACCCAGGAGAUGUGGUGGCAUCGAGUCUGCUGUGCUGCUCUGUUGAAUGGACCAGGAAAUAAUUUUGUACAGAGGAUGAGAGAAACUCUAAGUGGAGAACAGAAUCAACUAUUGGAUGAUGUAAUCGAUAAGGUCAACAAUAUUCCUGGAAUUACUUGAUGUCCAAGAGCAGAUCACGGAUAAAUCAUUCUUGGCUUGUCAUACCAAGUAAUGUGAUACCAGGCAAGAGAUCGCACAGAAACUACCGGUAUUCUCCGAUUGCCAGACGAAGUUACGUGCUAUCAGACAAGAUAUCUCCCAGGAACUAUUGUUUAGAUACAAUGAUAAAGUAUUAACUAUUCUGUGACCGAGUCACAUGAUACAAGGAAUGAUAUCUCGCAGAAAUCAUUCUCUAAUUGUCAGACUGAGUCACAUGAUAGCAGGAAUUAUAUAUCGCAGAAAUCAUUCUCUAAUUGUCAGACCGAGUGAUAUAUAUAGUACCACAGAUUUAGUUAUCUAAGUCCAUUGUGAUAACAGGCAAGGGAUCGCAUUGACAUUCUGGUUGUCAGUUAAAGUGCAGAGAAUCUAUUCACUGCUUACAAUGAAUGUGGAACAAGAUAGUAAACAACAAAUCAGAGAAAAGAAAAACAGUUCUGUUUUGAGAGGGUUUACCAAGGUAUCAAGGAAUAAACCGCACAGAAACUGUUAGCAGAUGGUAAAAUAUAUUACAUGCAGAGAAUCACAGAGACGUCAGUCCUGUUUAUCAGAGUGUAACAUGAAAUUUAUCAAGAGAUCUUGGGGAAACCAUUCUCUGAUUGUUAGAUGUAGGUACAUGAUGCCAAGCAAUAGGAACAAAGGAAGAAUUCUCUGUGUGUGUGGCAUACAGACAGAUAUGGAAAUGAACAACCGAGGAUUGGGAAAGUGAGAAAUAUAAAGUUUUUCCACCGUUAAAAGACAGUUGUGAAAUUGAUGGCAAAAGACAAGCUCAUAUUGUAAGUGUUUAAGACAGUACAAAUGAUCCUGAUACUGGGAUGAUGCUGUUUAAUGAAACACCUCUUUUCCUUUACAUCACGGCCUUGUAUGAAUGGAUUGCUACAUUUGAUACCAUUGAAAUUUCCCUAUUGGAAAUAUGUGCAUACAUGGAACUAAAUAUCAUGUUUGUUGAAACCACCUGCAGACGCCCUUGAUGGUAGAAGGGCCUAGUGGUAAAAGUCUAUGAUAUAUCUCUGUUUGAUUUUGUAAGAGACCCAUAAUUAAGUUCUCAGACUUUAUCAAAUAUUACAUUCUUUUUAUCUUUUUCCUUUAGUGAAUAUUGUAUUUUAUUUAACUUCUUGAACAUAUAUAAAUACAAUUGACAAUAAAAGUAAACGUUUGUAAAACCAAACAAUAAAACUGGAUAUAUGGUUAGAUAAGAUGUAGCAUAAAGUAUUGAGACUGAGUCUAAUGAUGGACUUUCAUCCCCAAUAUUUGCUGUAUAAUCUGUGUGUAUGUCGGGUUUUAAUUCAUUUGAAUAGUGACACGAUUCAGAAUAUACCUGUGUUCUUGACGAUGAAAUCCAAUAUUGAAAAUUAUUGGUUUAUUGAAUUAUGGGGCUACUGCCGCUCCCCUUCCAAAUUUUGACAUUUUUUCGCUCUAUUUUGAGUUAUCCCUGUCGCCUCCUAGAAGGAUAAUGCUGUAUCCUACUGUUUGUUUAUUUUGGACACUAAAUUAUGAAAAGGUGCUAAUAUCGUGUGUAGUAUUGAUACAAUCCUUUGUCAAUGAAUUUGUUGAAAUUUGUUUGAUAGUCAAAUGUGAUUUUAUAAAAACUUCAAAGCCUUAAAGGUUUGUACAACAUUUUAUUAUAACAAUGGUAUAAUUACAAAAGUAUAAAACAUAAAAAAAUAUAUUUAUAUCAAAACGUUUGUAAAUAAUUAACAUUUGGAUAAGCCAAUACUGUAGAUCACUUUAAGUUUUGCGUAUUAACUACAGCGAAGUCUCUUUAUUAAGACCACCUGUAUUUUUGUGUCAUUUCAUGACCAAAAGCGAUCGCUCAGGCAUAUUCAUUUUAAAAUUAAAUACAAUACCGCAUGGGCAUAUACUCAGAGACUACUGAACAAGGGUAAUACAAUGUAUGUCCUGUGUUAUUUUUUGACAAAUAAACUCAUACAAGACCAUGUGCCUUACCACACUAGAUGUUUUUGAAAAUUACAGUAUGGUUAAUAUGCUAACACUUUGAAUAAACUAUCACAGAAAUGA